AGCAAGCAGGUGGAAGUAGCAGUUCCUCUUCUCGGGGAGCAUCUUCGACCAGUGCUGCAACGACAGGAGGCGGAGGAAGCUCGCCAAGGAAUCGAAGUUCGAAAGGCGGCGUUACUGUGACUGCUUCAAACUUUCAUCUUCUAGAGGAUACCCAAGAAUACUUACCUCGUCGUAGUGAGCGGCUACAACUGCUCGAGCAGGAACGACUAACGCGCUACCAAAUCGCUCUUAGGCUGAACGAUAGUGAAGACUUCCUGUUCGAAAAUCCGGAAGCUUGGCUAAUGCGCUUCAACGAUUUCCUGAACAAGAUCUACCGAAGAGCGCGUGGUGGAUCGUCGCCCAAUAAGAAUCCUCUGCAAGGGACCAGUGCAGUCAAUAACAGCGCUAAGGCUGCUGGAGCUAAAUCAGUGAAGGUACCACUGGCACCAGCUGCGAGUGCUAACACAAGUAGUGCCACAUCUUCAAGAACCACAGCUGCAGCUGCAGGUGCAGGGCCCUCAGGUGGGGUACCAGAAUCUGAUAAAACCCUCGAAAAAAAGAACACCAGGAAAGACAACUUGGUAAAAGUUGAUCAAUGGAUAGCACCAUCGUCCCCAGCCGAUCAUAGAGCUGGCGAAGAGGAAAAGGGUGGGGAGCAGGGCAAUGAACUCACGUUAGUAGAGCCACCAAACGUCGACAGUCUAGGUCUUGAUGCAGCCGUAGCAAGGAGAUCAACUAGUCCUACUACGAAGACCAUUGACCGCGGCGACGACGGAGGACAAGAUGACGACAAUACAAACAAAGCGAAUGAUGCGGAAGAAGAAUCUGGAUCAUAUUCGUCUUCGUCUUCAUCCUCUGCUACUGGGGAUGAUGAUGAUGAUAGGCGUAAGGAGUUUCCGAGGGUUGAGGUUAGUGGCAGAAAGAAGAAUACUGGCGGUCGGCCCGCAAAUGCUUGUCCAGUUAUGCUCAGCUUCUUGAGAUCAUGGAGUAAUAAUCAAUAUUCUUUGCGUGAGAUCUUCCAUCGUGAAGACCAUCUAUGACGCCCUUAAGGCAGUCUGCACUGAACUUUGUGCGAGAUUAAUUGUAUUGCACUCGCUAAUCUAGCUGGUCGUCGAGCCGCGACGGUUGAAGAAUUUUUAGCCGAAGGAGAUAUGGAGUUAGCUGACUUGGAGACAAGUGCAGGUGAGAUCACUGUGGACGACUUGGAGACAAGUACUGUCUCAAAAUCUACUAGCAGAGACUACACUGUGCUAGACAAGAGCACACUGAAUGCGCCAGAGGAAGGGCCUGGUGGUAGGACGGCAAUGGGUGGUGGGGCUUCUAGAAGACCAUCAUCUAUCGCCAACACUGAGGACGACUCUACCUUAAGGCUCAACUUUCAUUGGUCACCAUUUGGAUUGGGGUCACUGAAAUCGAAAAGGGCUCCCUUGAGAGAACAGCGAAAAAAAGUGAGGGAAAACAAGUAGAUGAGAGAUGUUGUUGAGCCCCUCCCGUUCAGAGUCAGUGACCAAUGACUGCUGACCUUUAACUACCACAAUAGCGACCAGCUCUGUUCCUUCCACGCCUGUUGGUGCCGAUGCGAAGGCUAUAAUAAUACCUGGACUGAGUGCCCCUCCUGGUGGGGAAGGUCGGAGGCGAGUGAGCCUAACGAAUUCAGCAACAACUCAAUCUCAAGUUCCGGGAAUCUCAGGUUACACGGGAAAGCCAACUACAUCCUCUUCAAGUUCGAAUGGACCUAGUGCCACCAAUACAAGCACAACAUCUACUUCUGCGACUAUUAAGGCAUCAGCACCAGCAGCUUCCUCGUCUUCCAACAAGGAGCAAUCCACGUCAGAGAAUACUAGGGUCAGUGUGGCACCCAUCUCACCACCCACGGGUAGCAAGAGGCAACUUCUGGCAAAUUCAGUGACCGUUCGAGAACGUGUCAACGCCUUAGGUCACGGAUACGUUCUCAAGACUUUACUACAAUUGCUUCACGACGUGUUGCACUGGAUGGAACGGGCAAGUCUCGCACAUCUGUGGGAUGGGGUGUUGUCCUGCUUGAAGGAGGGUGACGAUGGCGCAGAUUCGAAAAUCCGACAAGAAUGGCAGGAAAAAAGUGAUGCGUGGAGUGACGCGUGGACGAAUGCGUUGCAGGAGUUUAUGAGCUUGAGACCCAUAGACUUAGAUUUAAAAUCACUGCACAAUUAGAUCGAAGAUGUUGUUUGUUGUUACAGUCCUCAGAGAAGUUUUGUUGUGUUCAACAAUUGGACAACUACAAGUGCAAAUAACGAUGACAUAAGAAAGAUUAUAAGUAUAGAUACUAAAAAUACAAAUAGGAUACAACUAAUUCAUCUAAUGAUCGAUCAGAAGUGUUUAAUGUGUCCUGCUAGUCGUGCCACUUUUCCUCUAACUCCUAUCUCCCUGAAGCUUUGCGAGUUGCUGACUAUCUCCUGCAUGGCGUAGACCUGGCACAUGUAUUGCAGAAGGAAUCGGACUUAUUGCAGUGCCUGAAGGCGAUUACACAGGCUUACUUGGCACAGCAGAAGCGCUUAAGCUUGACGAAAGCGGUUUUGACUUUAGGGAUACCGACAAUUAAGCUAGGAGCUCCUGCAGCAGCUGCUGUAGAAGACGGGACUGCAGCACCAUCCCUCGAGAGCGAGACGAAGCCUGGCGUUACUCGUGUAGCAGAAUUCAAUAAGGGAGCUGCUGCGGAGGUGGAUGGAAAUGCUGGAUCAUCAAAUGCUGGAGGAGAUGAAGGAUUAGCUUCAGGUAGCAACACUAGUACAAAAACUUCUGGUGCAACAGGUGCUGGACCACAAGUCCUCGGGGACAGCAAUGCAAAAGGUUCUAGUGGCACCACAACUGCGUCAAGGACAGAAGAGGCCCUUGGCAUCCAGCACGUACCGGGAGAAACGGUGGCCGGCAAAAUUCAGUACACCCUGGUUGGCCUCAUGACUGGUAUGGUUUUGCCGGUGCCAGGCGCAUUAGAGGUGUGGGCCGUGUCCAAUAUCAUGCUCUGGAUGUCCGAAGACGUUCGUUUUCUUAUCCUCCAGGACGAUAGUGUAGCGACGCUGCGGAAUCGGGUGUGCCCGGUGAUUGAUGAGAAGGCACUUGGCCCUCUUGCUUUGGAAACUAAUGGUAAGGCUACAAGAAAUUGAAAUCCAUCUUGAUCAUCUGUUGUAGCAUGAUCUUGUUCCCGCAGUUUUAUUUAAAGGGAAAACGGGAUCGGGAACCAGGAUGAGACCGAAGCUGGAUUUCUCUUAGUUCUAAAAAUGGGGCAUCAGUCAACUCUGCCCCUCCGAGUGCUCGCGAUGAAGACAACAGGAGUGGCGGGG